AUGGCGCCCACGAGAACCCGGACAGUCAAGAACAAGCACUCUGCCGCCAAGGCGGGUGCCGGCGGCGGCGGCGGCAAGGGAGGCGCGAAGCGAUCCGCCACCGACGGCGUCUCCAAGCCCAGGUCCGGCAAGCCCAAGAGCGGCCCGCCCCAGGCGCAGCAGCUCAAGGAGAAGAACCGCGCCCUGCUGCAGAAGAAGCCCAAGAAGAAGACAUACACCGAGGCCGAGCUCAACAUCCCCACGCUCAACAUGGUGACGCCCGUCGGCGUCGUCAAGCCCAAGGGCAAGAAGAAGGGCAAGGUCUUUGUCGACGACACGGAGAGCAUGAGCACGAUCCUCGCCAUGGUGCAGGCGGAAAAGGACGGGCAGAUCGAGUCCAAGAUGAUCAAGGCGCGGCAGAUGGAGGAGAUCCGCGAGGCGCGCAAGGCCGAGGCCGAGAAGAGGGAAACUGAGAAGAACUCGAAGCUUGAGGAUGCGAAGCAGUUGCUGCGCAAGAAGCGGAAGCGCAACACGGCCAAAGACGACGGCGACGAGUCCAUCAAGAGCCUGACGUCUUCUGGCUCCAAGGCUUCCAAGCCCAAGAAGAAGGUCGCAUUCGCUUGA